UCAAUAUAUACCCCAUUUCAGUGGCGUUGUCGCCUCCUUCCCUCAUCAACUCUGUCUCUCUCUCUGUCUCUCUCUCUGCGUCUCCAUGGCAAGGCAGACAUUCUUGAUAUACUUUGGCCUCUUCCUCCUCUCAACGAUUUCUUCAUCAGUGAUGGUUUCAUCAGUUUCAGAAGCCGCCCGCGAGAAGCAGCAUCGCCGUCAACGCCUUGGGGCUGUGAAGCUUUUUGUGUUCGGAGACUCCUAUGCUGACACUGGCAACUGUCCCAAACCAUCCGCCGCCUCGUGGAAGGAACCAUACGGAUUCACUUUUCCCGGCACACCGGCCGGCCGCUUCUCCGACGGUCGUGUUCUCACUGAUUACAUUGCCUCAUUCCUUGGCAUACCACCCCCGUUGCCUUACCAAUGGAGGAAAGACGGGAAGAGCCGGGCUGCGUUUGGAAUGAACUUCGCGUACGGAGGGACAGGCGUGUUGAACACAAUGGUGAAGGAGCCAAACAUGACGACCCAAAUCGAUUUGUUCCAACAACUGCUGGCGGAGGAAGAACUCUACACCAAACGCGACCUAAACUCCUCCAUUGCUUGGGUUUCCCUUGGUGGCAACGACUACGCUGCUUACAUGGCGUCAUCGCAUGGCGAUCUGCAGGGUUUUCCAAACUUAACCAAGUCUGUGAUCAACCAACUUGCCCUAAAUCUAAAGCGCAUUCACGGGCUGGGAGUGAAGAAGAUAGCUGUUGCAGCGAUAGAACCCCUGGGCUGCUUGCCCGCAAUCACUGCCUCAAGCUCGUAUCAGAAUUGCAGCGAAGCAGAGAAUUCCCUUUCCAAGUUUCAUAACCAGCUGUUGCAGGAAGCUGUGCAUAAGCUGAACAAUGAAAGUGGCCUUCCAGUUCCAGCGUUUGAAAUCAUCGAUCUCCAUGCUGCUUUCACGUCUGCAUUGGCAACGCACCAGCAAAACCACCACACAGGAACUAUAAAGUUUGAGAAUCCAUUGAAGCCAUGCUGCGUUGGGGUGGAGAAAGGAUACUCAUGUGGCAAUGUAGACGAGAGUGGAGCCAAGAAGUACAUUGUAUGUGAGAAACCCUCUCUCUCAUUCUUUUGGGACAUGAUACACCCUUCACAACAAGGUUGGAGUGCAGUUUAUUCAGCUCUUCGGCCUUCUCUCCAUCACCAACUUUAUUGAGUGGAACUGUUAUGGCGAGUCUAUAGUUAAAAAUAUUAAAUGAAGGGGACUUAUGAAUUCAUGGACCAACUUUUUCAUCCAGAAUCUCUCUACUAGGCUAUCAAUGUGAAAUUGAUUGAGUUGUAACGAAAACCUUUCAUGGGUGAUUGAAUGAUCAUUUCAUUUCUUGGGUGAUUGAAGAUGAA